AUGCGGUCGAAUGCGAAGAACUUAUCCGAGGUGCGCCAGCUCAAUCACGCGGCGGUCGCGCGCCUCUUCACCCCACCUUCCUCCCAUGCCCGCGGCUCGCGGAGCGCUCCACGGGCCUCCUCGACGAUCCCUCCCCUGUCGCGUAUGGCACCGCAUCCGCAGUGGGAGCUGCCUGGGGGUUCCCCCCGCGGGCGGGAUUUAAACGCGCGCCUGAACGCGCAAGUGGAGCUCGCCGUGGCGGUCGGGGCGUUAACCCCGGAAGACGCCGAAGGGGUCCUCUCGCGCGGCACCGCCGCCCUUCUUGAGGCGGAUCCGCACCGUUCCUGCUUCGCGCUCCAAUUGGAGAAGAACAAACACGCGAUUUGUCUUCGAGGGGCCUCGCCGACGACCCCGCUUCAGCCUGUUUCUUCGGAUGCCCAUCGGCGGGCGUAUCGGCAUCAACAGGCGGUGCUUCGCCACGAGCGCGGCCUCGCGCGGCGUCGAGUGAUGGAUCGCUAUGUGGAUCUCACCCCUGCCCAGCUCGGGCCUUCCCUCGUGCGGCCAAAUGAUUACACGGCGAAAAAACUCGCGGAACGGUAUGGCGGGCGAUGGGUGUUGGAUAAUCCACAUCAUCAAGAGCUUCUCCGGGGUGAGCCCCUGAUGAAUCGGAUUAUGCGAGGGGAGUACUACGGCGAGCCGGGGGUGGUCGUCAAGAAGGCCGCCUGA